AAAAACCCGCUGCACUACGGCAUCUUUCAUGAUCAGCCUAGCCGUGGCCGAUCUGCUGUUUCUGCUCAUUUGUGUCCCUUACGAAACUGUCAAGAAUUUCAUUGGACACUGGGACACAGGGACAGCACUCUGCAAAGUUUCUGGGGCUGUUGAGAUGUUGUCUGCCCUGUCCUCUGUGCUUAACCUGAUGACCGUCAGCGUCGAAAGAUACAUGGUGAUUGUACACCCAAUGAAAGCCCGGUCGUGGUGUACUUUUGAGAACACCAAGAAAAUUGUGGCCUGUGUCUGGAUCGUUGCUAUAGCCUUGUCAUCUCCGACCUUGUACGUAUGGGCCACAGAACAGACAGUCUACUUCAACAACGUUACAAGAGUAACAGUUGUGCUGUGUGCUGACAUCGGCGUGGACAGCAACGACAGGCUGGUAUAUGCCACGUACCAGUUCCUCAUCAUGUUUCUCAUUCCUGUCAUCAUCAUCUUCGUGUGUUACAUCUUCGUCAUCCAUGCACUGUGGAUGUCGUCGAAACAGCUCAUAGAGAUGACGUCAUGUGACAGUGGCUAUCUGACGAUAUCCACACAAGACGAGUCGGCUCUCAGUUCUGCUCAGACUGAAAACUCAAGUCCUCAUGCUCCAUGCACGCAGCGCCACUCGCACAUUCGCUCCCGCAGAAGUAUGCUAAAGCGGGUCACACGAGAACACAGUGUUGAGGUUCUCCGUGCUCGAAAGCAGGUCAUAAAAAUGCUGAUCACCAUUGUCCUGGUGUUUCUGCUCUGCUGGGGGCCAAAGCUUUUAUUCUCAAUCUUCCAACGAAUCGGUUUUAACUGGAUCUACAACCACUGGGCCUAUACUUUAAAGAUCACAAUCAACCUAUUGCCGUUCAUCCACUCUUGUCUGAACCCUAUUAUCUAUGGCUUCAUGUCCAGAAGCUUCCGGUCAAGGAUGAAAAACGCCUGCAGAGCCUACACUUGCCACAAACCACGCAGAGGUGACCACUCGGACAAGAGGCAGCAGACUGUGGGAUCUGACCAUGAACUGGACGUACGCUCAACAAAUGGAACAGUUCACACGAAGUUGAGUCUGCGACACGUAAGCAGUAGCCGUUCGGACACAUGA